ACGAGAACUACUCAAGAGAUACCCAUGUCGCGCGUCUUUGUAGGCGAUGACCUGGGCCCAGAGACACAAUACACAGCAGGGCCAGGUACAGUGCUACAUAAAGGCCGGAUAGCCGCUACUUUAAUCGGCACAGUGCAUACAGAUGCGACCCGGCAACCACCCCUCAUCAGUGUCAGUCGCCCGGCAAAGCAUCGUGUAGGCCAGGAAAAUACAGUCACGGCAGAGACACUCCUGCCGCAGGUCGGCGAUAUUGUACUGUGUCGCAUCACGCGCAUCAGCAGACUCCAAGCGACUGCGCAAAUCAUCGUCAUUGGAACAACUGCCCUACAAGAUGACUUUACGGGGAUCAUUCGGGUGGCGGACAUCCAUCUACAUGACAAGGACAAGACACAAGUGGCUGCGAGUUUCAGACCAGGCGAUAUAUGUCGCGCACAAGUCAUCUCGCUCGGCGAUGCAGGCGCAUACUACCUGGCAACGACGCAAAACGAGCUUGGCGUUGUCUUUGCCUGGGAUGAGUUUGGUGAGAUGAUGUAUCCAGUCAGUUGGCGAGAAAUGCGGUCUGAUCGUGGAUCCGUUGAGGAACGCAAGGUGGCCAAGCCCUUCCUGCAAGCGUAGCAGCAGCAUUCAUCUUCUGUACAUCCAUCUA